AUGCUGAGAGAUGAGGAAUUAGCACAUGCUAGACAAGCACCGCAAAUGUCCCAAACGCCCCAAGUACCUCAAGUACCAGUAGUGCAACCUCAGCCGCCAAUACCACCAACUGCAACACUACCUGUAACCUAUGGGUUCGAGCCAGUGUAUGAACGUUUCAUAAAGAAAUCCCCAUCAACCUUUGAAGGGAAAGCUAAUCCAAUGGUGGCAGAGGAUUGGUUAAGGUCGGUCGAGGCUAUCUUUGAUCAUAUGGAGUUGAGUGAUCGCCAAAGGGUUUCUUGUGCAGUUUAUUUACUUAAGAUUGAUGCACGGAUUUGGUGGGAUGUGAUUAAACAGACCCGUGAUUUGAAUACCAUGACUUGGGCAGAGUUCAUCCAUGCUUUCAGUAAGAAGUAUUAUAGUCCAGCUGUGCUAGCAACUAAGGUUGACGAGUUUGUAACUCUGGUACAGGGGAACCUAUCUGUCACUGAUUAUGCACAUAAGUUCGAUCGAUUGGCUAAAUUUGCUCCUGAAGUGGUGCCAACUGAUGCAUUUCGAGUCCAAAGGUUCGUGAGGGGACUCAAGUCGAUGAUUGCCAGGGAUGUUGUGAUGACGUGUGUUGAAGGGGUCAGUUAUGCAGAAGUAUUGGAUAGAGCUCUUAAAGCCGAGUAUUUGGAAGAACGGAUAUGGAAGGAUAAUGCCGCUAGAAGAUAG